AUGGCUACUGAACAAGAAUAUGAGAAAGAAAAACUAAACGAGAGGAUAGCUAAACUCUUUGGUGGUGUUGUUGUCAUUCAGGUAGGAGCACAGACAGAAACUGAGCUUAAGGAAAAGAAACUGAGGGUUGAGGAUGCCCUGAAUGCUACAAAGUCCUUGUUAGUUGAUAGUUUUCUAUAUUUGCAUGCAGCAGUUGAGGAAGGUAUUGUUGUCGGUGGUGGUUGUACCCUUCUGAGGCUUGCAUCAAAAGUUGAUGCAAUUAUAGAAACCCUUGAGAAUGAUGAACAAAAGGUUGGGGCUGAAAUUGUAUGGAAGUCCUUGAGCUAUGCACUUAAAUUGAUUGCAAAGAAUGCAGGUGUUAAUGGCAGUGUGGUUCUUGCCAAUGAGAACUUCAGGUAUGGGUACAACGCGGCUACAGGGAAGUAUGAGGAUUUGAUGGUUGCUGGUAUCAUUGAUCCCACCAAGGUUGUGAGGUGCUGCUUGGAGGAUGCUGCGUCGGUGGCGAAAACCUUCAUCACCUCUGAUGUCGUUGUGGUUGACAUCAAGGAGCCUGAGCAAGCACCUACUCCUGCAAACCCAAUGGGUGGUGGCUCAGGCGGGGAGGGGAGGAAGAGUUUGAGGGCUGGUGGGCGCCAUCAUGGGGGUGCUGUGGAGUCGCUGGUGAUGUGCAGCACCGGUGUCGUGGGUGUUGAUGACGAUGAUCACGAGAAGGAGGAUAGCGACGAGGAGCGGAUCGAGAUUGGGCAGCCCACAGACGUGCCACACAUCUCGCACAUCACCUACUUGAAGAUGAAGGAAAGGGAGUCACCAUCAAUGCGGUCUGGGCUCUGUGAACUAUUCAACCUAGCCAAAGAGGUGUCAAAACUACUGAUCAUCCAGUGUCCAACGAGAAGGUCCUACCUUGGAUGA